AUGUUUGGAAUGGUUUUGGAGAAACUCUUCAUUCCUGAGGUCCAGAAAGUGUCGGGAAAUGUGGAGAAGAAGAUCAUUGCGUUCGGAAUGACGAAGAUUUUGUGCGAACUCGACUCGACAAUCGUCGGCCAAUACUCGCAAUUCUGGGCUCCGGUAUUGCAGUCAUUGGUGGCGCUCUUCGAACUGCCCGUCGAUGAGACGAUUCCAGACGACGAGCACUUCAUCGAAAUCGAAGACACACUCGAAUAUCAGGCCUCGUAUUCCCAACUCGUAUUCGCCGGACAUCGAGAUCGCGACCCAUUGGCGGGUGUGGUCUCUGAUCCCAGAAUAUAUUUGGCGCAGUGUUUGGGCAAACUGUCGGUCAAACAUCCGGGAAAACUCAAUCCUCUCAUUACUACUGGUUUACCUCCAAAUGCCGUCUCAUUCUUACAGCGCUAUUGUAUGGACGCAAACGUUACCAUCACUUAA